AUGCCAGGGCGAAACUGGAGACGAGGAAGAGGGGGGAGGGGGUCGCGUGGAAGAGGGGGCGGAUCUAGGAGAUUCGUUCGUGGCGGUGAUCAGGGUCCAUCGACGGACGACAAGAAAACAGAGCUUGCAGAGAGCACAUCAGCGAAUUUCAGGGAAGAUACAAGCGGGUUCUUUACCAAAAACAUUUCUUUUGAUUCUCAUGUGAAAGCACAGACUGACGAUCGACUGUGUUACUGUGCCACGAUCCGCGCCCUGGAGGAAUGGCAAGUCGACAUACCACAGCAUACAAAGGUGAAGACAUUAGCGGCCGCGUGGGCUCGGGGUGACCAUGAGUUAGCGGACCUGCUUCUCAAGAGGAAGAAAAUGUUUGGGGUGGUGGAGGUCUAUAAGGCCGUGACCUUACUGGACUCCGGAAGGACGGCGAGGGCGUUCGAAAAGAAACUCAAGAGACUCCAGAUUCAGAAGAACAAGGUCAAAGCAGACACGAUGGGGAAACUGAAAUCAAACAUCGACAACCUAAUGACAAUAAAACCUACGAUUGGAUCCUCCAGUGGAGCGGUAUGUAAGCAUGUCAAGCGCUGGACUCGCACAUUAACUAAACAGGAAUUAGAAUUUUUUGCGCUGUUCUUUCCUGUGGAUUUAUGGAAGAAAUUAGCUGAUGUCUGUCAUUUUCAUCCAGUCAAGGAUUUUUCCGUUCCUUGGUUUCUGCCGUUCUGUUUCGGUGAAUCUCCACCGGAAGACAGUCUGGUACACAAGUUUCGGAGCAUCACCGAAAGCAACGUAAACGAACUUCUCCGGGACCACGAUGUUCCUUACACUAAAGUAAAGCCACUGAUAGGUCACAUCACAGAUGAAAUAAAAGGAAAAAUUGCGCAAAGGGAAGGACAACUGGAUACUAUUUUGUGGUAUUACGAGGAUUUGAAGUGCCCAGAAGUAGACCGAGAAAUUGAGACCCGUCUGGAGAGAGGGGACCCAGUCACACUGGCCAUCGGAAAACUACUGGACCGUGUCCUCCUCUUCCACCUCCUACAGGCGGGUCACUCCACAAACAUCGCGGACCGCGAGAAAGAGAUAUGCGAGGUUUACAAUACAUGGGAUUGGGACACAAAGCCAGAGGGCCCGGGCGAGUGGGAAUGUGUUCCAGACCCAGAUGUCGCAUUGUUUUCAGCAAGACUUGAGAACAUUGCACAAAAACAGAUAGAGAAAAUUAGAUUUUCUGUGGAGUCUCCGGUAGUUAUUCUAGGAGACAAGUCGGGAUCUAUGGACAUUGCGAUACGAACCAGCUCCAUCAUUGCUGGUAUUCUGGCUGUCGUCACUUCCGCUAAACUCAUUUUUUUCGACGACAAGUGCAUGGACGCCCCCUACGUUCCGAUUUCGGUACAGGAAGUGAUUAAACUCGCCAUGGAAGUUAAAGCAGGAGGAGGGACCUGUCCGGCUGCUGCGCUGCUUCCGUUUUACGACCGGAAGGAAGUGGUUAAGACGUUCGUGAUUGUUACAGACGAAGAGGAAGCGGAAAGUGAAAGUUCGACUAAUCUUAAAUUUUCUGAGCUAUACAAACAGUACCACGAUGAAGUGUAUCCAGCUAAACUCAUUCUCGUCUCUUUCCUGCCCCAGAAUAAACAAGGUGAUAUGGUUGAAUCCCUGCGUGCUUUAGGGUUCUGUCCUUUGCAAUUCAAAUUUGACGGUACGAGACCAGAUUUAUCCAAACUAGACAACCUGUUUGCGCUCCAGUCCACCGAGACAGCGAUUUUUCAAGACGAUGUGGAAAAGUUGGAGAAACGGAUGACAGUCGAAGGAAUUGCUGCUGUUUAUCAGGAUAUAGAAUGAUGCGGAGAUUACUGAUUAUCAGUUAUCCAUAUGAAUUAAUCCGUGAAUCACUGAAUGUACAUGUGUAUACUUUUAGGCUAAAAAUAUUGUCUAGUUAAUAGAUCGUAUAUUUUUAGAAGGCUCAAAGAUUCAGUUUAUAAUCUGAAGCAACCUUAAUUGAGAUCAUGGUGCAUAAUUUCUACACAUGGAACUGGGGGGAUUACAAAGUUCAAUGAUAAAAGUGAUCGCCGUUGCCUAAUACAGCCAUUUAUUUAAUUUUUAUUUAUGGGAUUCGUGAAAGAAUAAGGAAGUUUAUCAGACAAGGUUAUUAUUUGCCAUUACAUUAUUUUAGGAAAUAAGACUGAAUUUUCCUACUUUAUCCAUCGGAUCAACUCGCCCAAAGUAGUGUGCGUCGGAAAAGGGCGAGGUAAUCCGAUUACUACUUUAUGAGAAAUACAGGCAUGGCUUGAUGCAAGAGCUAUAGCUGGAGUCAGGCCCCGCCCAAUCGUGCACAAUCUUUGAGAUACAGUACAUCUUUUUAUUAUACGUCUAGACUUCCAGCAUGGGUCAAGUUCAAAUUACAUGUACCAUAAGAUGUUGGAUCCCCGAGUUUUUCAGUUAUUGAAUCCGUCUUGCAAAGUAAGACUCUGAAUUGUGAGAUGACCCUUUCCUCUCUACUUGUUACUUUUGAGACAGUUUGAUUUUUGUUAAAGCUGUUAUGUUUUUAGAAUUAAGAUUUUAUCAUAUCAAAUGCCCAUACUUGUUUAUCGUUUGUAAUAUUUGCUCAAACUUUGUAUUAUUUUAGAUGUCGUAGUACGUACAGAUAUAUCUUGCACAGGUACAAAUGAGGGUUUUAAUUCCCUAUGGUGCAAAAUAAAAACCAAAUAAAACCCAGAAGUUUGUUAUGAGAACUUACUCGUAAAUCUCUGAAAUAAAUGAAUAGUAGAUCUUAAACUUCUUUUCAAAUAAUAUAUUACUCAGUAUUGUUUGUAUUUUUGUAUGAUAUAGCAUAAC